AUGGGUGUAAUAAGAAAGAAGACCGCCCAGCGCGGCACCGAGGGAGGCACCAAAUACCACUGCGAUGUCUGCUCCGUCGACGUGACCUCGACGGUCCGGAUAUCGUGCGCGCACAGUGCAUGCCCUGAGUACGACCUCUGCGUCCCCUGUUUCUCGGAAGGGAAGAGCUCCAAGAACCAUGAUCCCAGGACGCAUCCGUACCAAGUAAUCGAGCAGAACUCAGUGCCCAUCUACACGGAGGACUGGGGUGCGGAUGAGGAGCUGCUGCUCCUGGAAGGUGCGGAAAUCUACGGUUUGGGUUCAUGGGCGGAUAUCGCCGAUCAUAUUGGUGGCUAUCGGACCAAAGAUGAAGUCCGGGAUCACUAUAUCGACACAUACAUCAACAGUCCUAACUUCCCCCUUCCGGCGCGUGCGGACCCCCAUGACACGAGCCUUCAGGACAGUAUCCCCAAGGAGGAGUUCCAGGCGCGGAAGAAGCGACGGAUCGAAGAGCGCAAAGAGGCAGCCAAAUCCGCGCCACCCGCAACACCGAAGCAGAAGCCUACUGCUAGUGUACCGGCCUGCCAUGAGGUUCAAGGAUACAUGCCCGGUCGAUUGGAGUUUGAGACGGAGUUCCUGAAUGAGGCGGAAGAGGCCGUGCAGCACAUGACCUUCGAACCUGGCAAUGGCCUCAACGAGAAGGGCGAGAUGGAGCCGGAGAUGGAGUUGAAGAUGACGGUCAUGGAGAUCUACAAUUCCCGACUGACGGCACGGACGGAGCGCAAGAAGAUUCUCUUCGAGCACAACCUGCUCGAAUACCGGAAAAAUACUGCUCAGGAGAAGAAGCGUACCAAAGAAGAGAGGGAUCUGCUGAACAAGGCGAAGCCGUUUUCCCGGAUGAUGAACCACGACGACUUUGAGGAAUUCUGCAAGGGUCUUGAAUAUGAACACAACCUGCGGCUCGCCAUCGCCCAGUUGCAGGAAUGGCGCCAGAUGGGCAUUGGGGACCUCAAGAGCGGCGAGAAGUACGAGCAGGAGAAGCUGCAGAGGGCGCAGAGAGCCAUCCCGCAAGGCUCAUUUGACCGAUUAGCCAGUGCGCGUCCGAAGCAGUCCCAGCAACCCGACCAGCCAUCUGCCGCCAGUCAGCUCACGGCUCCAGAGCUGCCUUUGCGACUGCAACAGCAGAAGGCAACGACUAAGCCAGCUCCAGAGACCAAGCCUCCGAUGAAUGAUUUCGAUCGGAUGUUCGCCAGCAAUGGGGACGGCAUCGACACGGCACAACCGGCAAAGUCGAAAUACGUCGUCCAACCGCUGAGUGGGGUGACGCCUUGGAAGCUUGAGAAUGACGGGGCGCCCGACUUGCACUUGUUGACCAAAGAAGAAGUCGAACUCUGCAAUGUACUUCACAUGCAGCCGAAGCCGUAUCUCGUGGUCAAGGAGGCGCUCUUGAAGGAAGCCAUGAAACAGAACGGUAGUUUGAAAAAGAAAGACGCUCGGACACUCUGCAAGGUGAGUCGAAUGGGCUCUGUCGCUAACGAGUAUUGCUGA